ACGUACGAGAAUGUGAAACUGGCUCGGGAUCCUAGGGAUCGCUCGGGGUAGUGUCCGGUAGCAAUUGAAGAAUAUUCUGAACGAUACUGAACUUCGCAGUAAUAAAAGACCGUAAAAGACGGUGAAUAUCUUUGAGCGGUUGGCCGACUGUCAGUUGCGUAGAAUAUGUUUCGUAUUUAAUUGGUCGGUUACUGUCGUUACGAUGUUACUGUAAUGUGGCUGGUCAGAAAAUUUUAAUGUGUACUCUGUGCUGCUCUGUAAACUAAAGAGCUUCCGAUUCCUAUUAUAUUUUCUGUCCCGGAUUGGAAUUUCGUCAGUUUGUCAGAGGAUGUGUUUUUCGUUGAUUUUUCUAACAUUUAGUAAUAUUGUAUUUUGAAAUAAAUUUCAGAAGCCAUAUAAAAAUUUAACUAGUAACAAUGGAAGUACUGCACACGUUAUGAGUCGUAAACAAGUGACACAAUACAAGGACUAUAAUUUUGAAGUACUUGUGGUAUUGUGUAACGUCGGGUUUAACGUGAAUGAUAGAAAUUGAUAUUAAAUUCGAUAAUUAUACCGUUAUGGCAUCAUCAUUAUUAUUCACAGUACUUUAUAUAUUGUUUUCUCUGUGUUUCGUGUAUCCACCAAAAGAAUUCAUAUCGGCAGGUCUCACAGUUCAGAGUUUAUUGUCAACUUGGCUAGGAAGCGAGAAUGAACGUUUUAUACAGUAUCAUAUGCGUAGAAUUGUUGCAACUAUUCUCUGGCAUUCUGUUUUGCCACUUGGUUAUGUGGUGGGGUUGUAUAUUCUCGAUGACUCAAAUCAUCAGGCUAUAUUUUGGCAAGGUGGUGCAGUAUGGCAGUUGUUUGUAUUUUCUGCUGUUGUGGCACCAUUAGUAGCAGCAUACCUGGCGUGGGACUGGUGGCGAGAUCACUGGAAGUCGCAUCCUGUAGCUAGAACCCUUGCUAUGUUCUAUAAUCCCGAUGCAGGCUGGAUAUCUGUAGCUUCAGAUAUCAACAUUGAAUUUAGGAGGGUUGACAAGGUCUGCAUUGAGACAAAUCCAGUAGUGAAAAUUAUAGCAACAGACAACUGGAUUGUUAAAGUUGCACCAUACUGGUUAUAUGUAGUCCACCAGAGUGAUGCAGCUCUGAUCCUGAGUAGCAGUGACACUCACCAAGUUGCACCAGGCAGUCAUCGUGAAGCACAGUACCUCAACAUUGAAGUGAAGAGUGUACGGCCAGGAGUGAAACCAUUUUGUAUUAGGUUAAAUGCUAUGGACUUCAGAGACUUUGAGGAUAAGGUCAGUUGCCCCAUUACUGUGCUUCAGAAUGUUACAUUUCAUCGUACACUUCUUGACAGAUUUCUGGUCGCAUUCCAAGAGCAAGUGGCAAAAAAUGCAGUAUAUGUGACUACUGAGGAGUUGGAAUUGUGCAUCGGAUGCAUGCAGACACCAGCUAAUGUGAAGCUACAGAAAUAUUGUGAUGAUUUGACAGUACAAGGAGAUUCCUGCACUACCUGCUCCUGUCGUCCACUGUGGUGCCUCACCUGUAUGGGAAAAUGGUUUGCAUCACGCCAAGAUCAGAACCAUCCAGAAACAUGGAUGAGUUCGAAGGCUACCUGUCCAUUGUGUCGCAGUCGUUUUUGUAUGCUUGAUGUGUCUCAGGUGCAACCUAUGUGAUCCUGUUUUUGUCACUGGGAGACUGUUCCUGAUAAUUAUACAGUCUGUAUUAAUGUUGCUACACAGUAAAGCUUGGAUUCUUGUACAUUAAUUCUGUGAUAUUGUAUCCGAUACAACUGUGUGGAGAAUGCCAGUGAAUAAAUAUAUUUCUUUUAGCUUUA